AUGCAGGAAGCCCAACUGGGAUGGAACAGCGACGUAAUCAACCAAAACAGCUCCCUAUUUACGGCGCCCGAAGACGUUCUUAACACCAUCAAUUCUGUGUCCCAAAUUUUAGCCUUGGUAUUUGUUAGUCUGUUUGCGGUCUUGCGCUUAUAUACGAAGACCUUCGUCGCUCCCCCCUGGUGCGCAGAGGACUGGAUGGCUCUGAUAGCAUGGGUAUUAUCUCUUGGCUACUUUGCUGCAGGGCUCUUGACGGGUUAUUUCGGUGGAGGCUUCCACAUUUACGAACUCUCAAAAGAGCAACUUAAAGGCUUCAAAAAAGGUGUUUAUAUUAUCACCCUUACGUAUAGUUCCGCCUCUUACUUUACAAAGCUCGCGCUCUUGUUCAUCAUUAUCAGAGUCUUUGGAGUACAUAAAAAAACUGUAAUCGGGACAUAUACAGUAGUUAUCUUCCUAACAGGAUAUUCUAUACCUAUCCUUUUCCUGAAAGGGUUUAUAUGUCGACCACUUGCCGGUUUUUGGGAUCAAACGAUUAUAACUACCUGCUACAACCAGCAGGCUAUCUUCAUAGCUGAUACCAGUAUCAGCGCAGUUACUGAUAUGGCUGUGCUUAUUUUGCCGGUUCCUGUUGCGGUAACUCUCCGGAUGUCAUGGAAUAAGCGUCUUAGGGUAAUCGCCAUGCUUAGCUCUGGCGGUAUUGCUACGGCAGUCAGUCUUAUACGACUAGUUCUUGUGAUUAAGAUGCAGAAUUCACAAGAUGAGUCAGUGGAUUUCAUUCGAGGUAACCUUCUCGGAACAGCAGAAGUAAGUACGGGUCUCAUAUGCGCAUGUCUUCCCGCUAUCAAUCUCCUCCUCAUUCGUGUCGUCGAUCGCUCGCACAAAUCGAGUCAUAAAUUUCGUGACGGUAGCAGAGAAUUCAAUCCCAGAUUUCUCAGGGGCAGCGAGUUAAGAACUCAACGUGGACAAAUAACAGAUCUCGAAAGUACAGCAGAAAGUCCCCUACAAAAUAUAUCUGUGGACACACCUUAG